AUGGAAAGGAGAGCAAUAUGGUCUGUAGCUACCUUUCUUUUCGUAUUCCUACAAAGUUUUUGUACUGCCUUAUCCACCCACGAUUGUCCUGCUUCAUCCUGUGGCAAUAUUCCCAACAUAAGUUAUCCAUUUCGACUCUCUGGUGACCCAUCACACUGCGGCAACAAGAGGUACGAACUAGAUUGCGAGAACAACGCAACAUUUUUAACUCUAUUUUCAGGGAAAUACCUCGUUCACCACAUCAAUUACACGGAUUACAGUAUCAGAGUGAGUGACGCGGGUGUUGUGGAAGACACUACUUGCUCCUUCAUCCCCCGUUAUUUCUUGUAUUCUACCAAUUUCAGUGAUAAUAUUAACCGGGGGAGAACAAAUCCGCUUAUUUUGAGUGCGCUUCACUUACAUAGAAGAGCAGCAUACUUCAACUGUACCAAACCAAUAACUAAUGAUCGUCGAUAUGUGAAGGUGGAUACAACUCGUUGUGGCACUGGAGGGCACUUCUAUGCUGUUCUGAUACAUGAAUAUUCAUUAGAUUUUAAUGCGAUGGACAUCAAGGUUGGGUGCCAAUUGAAGGUGGCUUCUUUGGCAAGUUCGAGGACAUUGCAAGAAGACCGCCACUUCUAUUACAAUAAAAACUUUUCCUAUGAUGAGAUCCACAACUUGCUGGCCUAUGGAUUUUGGCUGUUUUGGGGACAUUUUAUUUGUGACGAACACUGCGGAAAGGGAAAUGAUUGCUCGCUUUUGGAUGAAUCUAGGGUCCGAUGUACCCCGCUGCCAAACUGUCGUGAUGUUUUCCGGGGAUUCAUAUUCACCAACAGUUGCGGACUUAAGCAAUUUUUUGGCGUGAAUGAUGGUGUGGGCGACGAUGGAUUUCUAAUAGUUGAAAUAGUUCAAAUAGGAAAAGACACAGGAAGGUAUGCCCUACCAUACUUUAUUGUCAAAUUUCUAUUAGGUGUGGUAGCUUUCAUUAUAGUGUUGAUCUAUAAAUGGGGAAGAAGACAUACAUCAAGCUAUGAUAAUAUCGAAGAGUUUUUGGAAGGAAAUACCUUCAUGCCAAUAAGGUACUCAUACAAAGAAAUAAAGCAGAUGACUAGAGGUUUUAAAGAAAAGCUUGGUCAAGGAGGGUUCGGCAUGGUGUAUAAAGGAAAGCUUCGCAGUGGUCCAUUUGUAGCCAUAAAGAUGUUGAGUAAAUCAAAGGCUAACGGGCAAGAAUUCAUUAGUGAAGUCGCAACUAUUGGAAUGAUACAUCAUGCCAAUGUGGUUCGACUUAUUGGAUUUUGUGUUGAGGCAUCAAAACGUGCUCUUGUUUAUGAAUUCAUGCCCAAUGGUUCUCUUGAUAGAUAUAUUUUCUCCAAAGCUGAUAGUAUCUCCUUAACUUACGAGCAAAUAUAUGAAAUAUCUCUUGGAGUGGCUCGUGGUAUUGCUUAUCUACAUCAAGGAUGUGACAUGCAAAUUUUGCAUUUUGAUAUCAAGCCACAUAACAUCCUUCUUGAUGAGAACUUUGUCCCUAAGGUUUCAGAUUUUGGGCUCGCAAAGCUUUAUCCUAUAGACAAAAGUAUUGUUACUUUGACAGCAGCAAGGGGAACAAUUGGAUACAUGGCCCCUGAAUUAUUCUACCAUAAUAUUGGGGGAAUAUCAUACAAGGCUGAUGUCUAUAGCUUUGGAAUGCUUUUGAUGGAAAUGGCAAGCAGGAGAAAAAACUUGAACAAACAAGCAGAGCAUUCAAGUGAACUUUUCUUUCCUCUUUGGAUUCAUGAUCAAUUAAGCCGAGAAAAUGAGAUGGAAAUGGAAGAUAUUACCAAUGAAAAGAAUAAUGAGGCUAAAAAGAUGUUCAUAGUUGCAUUAUGGUGUAUACAGUUAAAACCAAGUGAUCGUCCUUCGAUGAACAAAGUAGUAGAGAUGCUGGAAGGAGAACUUGAGAACAUUGAUAUGCCACCAAAACCUUCCUUAUAUCCAGACGAAAUGAUUCAAGAGGAUCUCACAACCAACUCAGACCAAACUCUUUGUGAUGAUUCUAUUGGUUCUACAAGUUAUAUUGAGUGA